CUUCAUCAGUUGUAUAUAAACCCCCAUCUCAAUUCCUCGGCAUCUCAUCGCUCAAAACCACCGUUCUCUAAAAUCCUAAAAUCCCCAUCUCUCUUGUCGCCUUCCCAAAAUCCCCGAUUUAUUCCUCAGUCAAUGGACAUCAAAAUCGGCUCCCUCGACACCUGCAAGCCCCCCAACAGCGCCGUCUGCUGCCCAUCCAACGGCUCUGUUUGCACCAUCCAAAAUUCCGUCCCCUCCUCCGCCGUCGUUAACUCGUCGGAGGCCACCCUCGGCCGCCACCUCGCCCGCCGCCUCGUCCAAAUCGGCGUCACCGAUGUGUUCACCGUCCCCGGCGAUUUCAACCUCACGCUUCUCGACCAUUUAAUCGCCGAGCCCGGGCUGAACAACAUCGGCUGCUGUAACGAGCUUAAUGCCGGGUACGCCGCCGACGGCUACGCGAGGUCCCGCGGCGUCGGCGCGUGCGUCGUCACGUUUACCGUCGGCGGACUCAGCGUUCUGAAUGCGAUCGCCGGCGCGUACAGUGAGAACUUGCCGCUCAUUUGCGUCGUCGGUGGUCCCAACUCCAACGAUUACGGAACCAACAGAAUCCUCCACCACACCAUCGGCCUCCCUGACUUCAGCCAAGAACUUAGAUGCUUUCAAACCGUCACUUGCUUUCAGGCGGUUGUGAAUAAUCUGGAAGAUGCACAUGAGUUGAUUGAUACUGCCAUUUCAACUGCCCUGAAAGAAAGCAAACCUGUUUAUAUAAGCAUCAGUUGUAACUUGCCUGGGAUUCCCCAUCCCACCUUCAGCCGCGAUCCAGUUCCAUUUUCACUGUCUCCCAAAGUGAGCAAUCCAUCUGGACUAGAGGCUGCGGUGGAGGCGGCGGCAAAUUUCUUGAACAAAGCCGUGAAGCCAGUCCUUGUUGGUGGGCCUAAGAUGCGAGUUGCCAAGGCGUGUGGCGCCUUUGUGGAGCUCGCUGAUGCCUGUGGCUACGCCUUGGCCGUGAUGCCAUCGGCCAAGGGGCUCGUCCCCGAGUACCACCCUCACUUCAUCGGAACUUACUGGGGCGCUGUCAGCACCUCCUUCUGCGCUGAGAUCGUCGAGUCUGCUGAUGCGUAUGUGUUUGCAGGGCCAAUUUUCAACGACUACAGCUCUGUUGGGUACUCACUGUUGCUCAAAAGAGAGAAGGCGAUCAUCGUGCAGCCCGAUCGCGUGACCAUCGGCAAUGGACCGACAUUUGGGUGUGUUCUAAUGAAAGAUUUCCUCCAAGCACUUGCAAAGCGGGUGAAGAACAACAUCACUGCCUAUGAAAACUACCACAGGAUCUUUGUUCCUGAAGGCCAACCGAUGAAAUCUGAGCCAAGAGAGGCAUUGAGAGUCAAUGUUUUGUUCCAACACAUUCAGAAGAUGCUCAGUAAUCAAACGGCUGUGAUUGCUGAAACAGGGGACUCUUGGUUUAACUGCCAGAAACUUAGAUUGCCAAAAGGAUGCGGAUAUGAGUUCCAAAUGCAGUAUGGUUCUAUUGGUUGGUCAGUUGGUGCCACUCUUGGAUAUGCACAGGCUGUACCAGAGAAAAGAGUAAUUUCUUGUAUUGGUGAUGGAAGCUUUCAGGUGACUGCACAAGACAUAUCGACCAUGAUCCGAUGCAGGCAGAACGCCAUCAUAUUCUUGAUAAACAAUGGUGGUUACACCAUUGAAGUCGAGAUCCACGACGGGCCUUACAAUGUGAUAAAGAACUGGAACUACACUGCGUUGGUCGAUGCGAUCCACAACGGGGAAGGAAAGUGUUGGACGACGAAGGUUCGAUGCGAGGAAGAGCUUGUGGAGGCCAUUGAAACAGCUACAGAAGCCAAGAAGGACAGCUUGUGUUUCAUUGAGGUAAUUGCUCAUAAGGAUGAUACCAGCAAAGAGCUUUUGGAAUGGGGCUCGAGAGUCUCUGCUGCCAACAGCCGUCCUCCCAAUCCUCAGUAAAAUUUGGUGCAAUUGGAACAAUUCUGCAACAUUUUUCUUGUUAUUGUGUCAUCAUAUUCAGCUGAAAAAAGAAAAAAAAAAGGAAAAAAAGAGUGAUUUAAGAUUGUAUUAGAAAAACAAGUAUUUUCUGGUGUAAAUUCCUUGGAACUUUUUGUUAUUAAGAACAAUAUUUUCCGGGUUCCAUUU